AUGCCUAUCGUCUGCUCAGACUUUGAAAAAUCGGGCAAGUUUACUCUAAUUGAGUUUUUUGUAUUAGCCCUAAAAAAUAUGUCUCAUUAAUAAUUUUAAUCAUUGUUUUAAAAAAUUUCAGCUUCUAGUUUUAAGCAAACCACUCUUUAGCGAAUUUAAAUUUCUUAGAUUAUGCCAUAAAAAUUUAAAAAAAAAUUAAAGGAGCAUACAAUUUCAUUAUUUUCAACAUCGAUUCUAUCGUUUUUGUUCAAUUCAAAAUCCGAACGAUUAAAAUUGCACCCAAACUCAUUCAAUUUUUUUCGAGCACUGUCUGGAUCUAAGGUUAAUAGCUUUUCAAGUGGAUUUUGAUUUAUUUUUGGUAAUUUUUUAAUUGAAUAA